AUGAAUAAAAUGGAUCAAAAUUUGUACUACGGAGUUACAAACAGGUAAUUAAAUUUUUCUUGCAAUGGUUUCUGUUGAUUUUCAGAGUAGAUUUCCAGCCUAAGUUCUUGACUCCAAAAACUAUGCAGAGAGAUUCAAAUCAAACUUCUACAAACCAGAAAAAUUCGAUGUCAAUGAAUAAUUUGGUGGAAACUGCGCCAGCUCAUUGGAGACGAGUUCCACAAAAAGAUAUUCGUUUUCAUGUUGUUAUUAAAGUGAAGGAUGGUGGUAAAUAA